AAGAAGAAAUUCGGCGCGUCUUCUUCCUGUGUGGUGCGUACAGAGGAGAUGUUGAGGCGUGUACGGGUUGUUGACAUGGCACACUGAUGUCGGUGUGUGUCACACUCGUGUCCGCUCGCCGUGCCGUGGCGCCGGCAUGUUUGUGGACAGGAUGGAGCGGGUGGAGGAAAGCGUGUGCCGGGGGAUUCAGGCUGGUCCCGUCCAGAGCCCGCAGCGGGACACGGCCCGGGGCUGCAGGGAAGCUGUUGCGGGAUGGCGAGGACCGGAAAGCAGUGAUCUGCGUUGAGGGGAACAUUGCCAGUGGGAAGACAACAUGUCUGGAAUAUUUCAGCAAAACCAGCAGUAUCGAGGUCCUUACAGAGCCAAUCUCUAAAUGGAGAGAUGUCCGAGGGCACAACCCUCUGGCUUUAAUGUACCAGGAUCCUCUGCGCUGGGGCAUCACGCUACAGACCUACGUUCAGCUCACUAUGCUGGAUCGACACCUGUCAGCUGUGGCAGCUCCUGUUAGGAUGAUGGAGAGAUCUAUCUUCAGUGCCAAGUACAUCUUUGUGGAGAAUCUCUUCAGAAGUGGGAAAAUGCCAGAGGUGGACUAUGCUGUUCUCAGCGAGUGGUUUGACUGGAUUACAGCUAACAUUUGCAUUCCUGUUGAUCUCAUUGUUUACCUGCAGACGUCUCCUCAGACCUGCCAUGAAAGGUUAAAGCAGCGAUGCAGAGAAGAGGAGAAAGUCAUUCCACUGGAGUAUCUCGAGUCCAUUCACCAGCUUUAUGAGGAGUGGCUAAUAAGGCGUACCUCCUGGCCUGUUCCUGCUCCUGUGUUGGUGAUUCCUGCUGACCACAACCUGCAGAGGAUGCUGCACCAGUACGAAGAGAACCGGGCCAAGAUCCUAGCAGCAAGCUGCCUCUGAUGCCCGAACACACACUCCUGCUAACCCAGCCUGACAGGAAGCUGUUACAGCACUUUUUUUAAGCUGUUUCUGAUCUUACACCUCGUCACAUGUGACAUUUAUGUAUGCACUCCCAGUUCAGCCAUUCCUGUUCAUAAAGACCAAUCUCAGUACAUUAAUUGCAAAGUAUUAAAGUUAAAUGUAAUUGAUGUGCUCACAAGAAACUAUUGAGAAACUGAACAUGAGAGCAGAUCAUUCCAGUGCUCGAGCCAAAGCCUGUCAGCUUUCAAAGAUGCUGAGCACUCAGGCUGGUCCGUGGCUCUUAUCUGCUGUGUUUUUCCUGAGAGUGUGAUUAAUCCUCAGUGAGUCUGAGGGAGUGUGUAAGUGAAAACUCUUCAUACAGAACAAGUUCAGUGACAGCGCUGUGUCACUUCAGACCACGAGUAUAAGUCCUGGUCUGAUCAUCACUCUGUGUCGCUCCUCUGUCCUUUACCUGCCUGCCUCUGCUCUGCCACCUGAAUAAAGGAGCCUUUUUCCAUGAAAACAACAUUUAGUCAGUGUUUGAAUAGGCUGUGUGGUCCGGCACUUUUAAUGACAUGAAGCCCAACCUGUGAAAAAUCUUCUGCAGCCACUGACAGCCUGAAAUCCUGGAGCCUUGAACUCAGAGACACGUCUCUGCCUUCUCUUUGAUUUCCUUACCCGGAUGAUUGAGCGUGCUUAAAGACUCACUGCUAGGUCACAUGACUGAUCAGUCGAGUUUACAGCGCUUGAAGGAUCAAGCACUAACUGACAGAGUAUUUCCAGAGUUGGCUGCAUUGUGUUAGGAAUAAAAUGAUUAAAGCCGUUUUUUGUUAUUUUCUUUUUUUAUAUACACUUUGCAAUUGUGCUCAUUAAGAGUUGGCACUCUGUGUAACAAAAGUCAAAAGCAUCGAUUCAGCAAUAUGAUUGAACUGAAUUAUUGAGACUGAUGUGUUGACUGCAGAGCAAACAUGCUUACACAUCAGUUAAAGUCAGGGUGAUAUUUUUCUGGGCCACAGGAGUCCCAACAGACUUGGAUAAUAAGUAGAAAACUACAGCAAGGUUUGGGAGCGAGGUGUUUGUUGUUUUCCAGGAGAAGGAGCAGAUGCGACACCAUUUCUCUUACUCCUUAAAAAAACGUUUUCUAAUCAUGUUCCUUGUUAAAGAGAAGUGAGCAGUUUUUUCCUCUUUUCAGCACAGCUGUGGGGUCUGCCGCUCCUGUAACGGCGCAUUCUUAGUUUUCUUCUCUCGCCAUUUGUCCUCAUAUUAACAGAAACUCAAACCCAGCAGAAGGCAUGUCAUGUACUGGGUUUGGCUCAUCAUACUGGAACUUCUUGUGCAUGAAUUAAUGUUGAAACAGAGCUUGUGCUGAACAUUUUUAUUCUUUGAACUUUGCAAUAUUGAGAGUAUUUUAAAAGAGCUUUAAACCUCCUCAAAAAGUGCUCAGACACACACAGGCACAGUGUGUUAUUAUCGCUGGCUUUAUAUUGAGAACACUGAGGGGGGGGUUGCAUUGCAAGUAUAAAGCAGCUUAACCUAAACAUUGCUGUUAUUUGGUGCUAUAAAUAAAAAUAAGGUGACAGCUUUUGACCAAAGGGAAAAAAUGACCGACACUAUUGUCUGACCUCCAUCCAGAUCCACCAACAGAUGUGCCAUUAGUUACCUCAGACCACAGAGGCAGCGUGCAUAGACAUGUUUGUGCACUGCACCACUUUACUUAGACAUCACCCUUCCAUCCAACACAUAUAAUGAACUAAUAAAAUAUUUCUUAAAAGUCAAA